GACUUUAGAACCCAGCAGAUCAUAAACUAGUUUUGUUUGAGGAAGUUCAGGCCGCUAUUUCACAUGUUUGCAACAGCCCAGGCCGGCCGCACCAGCGCACUGCGUCUCAGUCGUCGGUCAUUUUCCAUACGGACGAACGCAGUUGCGCUGCACGUAUAGCAAUUAAUUUCUCGGAAUGAUUGAACUUCACUUUAAAGACAAUUUCUGGGGUGCAGAUAUCACCAGCACCGCCGGGUACGACACCAUCAUUCAGCAUCUGAAUGAUGGCAGGAGGACAUGCAAGGAAUUAGAGGACUUCAUAAAGGCCAGGGCUUCUGUAGAAGAAAAAUAUGCCAAAGAAUUGCUUAAUUUAUCCAAAAAGGUCUGUGGUCAAAAUGAAAUGAACACACUAAAGAAGUCACUGGACUUUUUCAAAAUGCAAAUUGAAAAUGUGGGACUGUCACACCUUCAACUGGCCCAAACUAUGCGGGAUGAGGCUAAGAAACUUGAAGAUUUCCGAGAAAGGCAGAAGGAAGUGCGAAAAAAGGUAGAACAACAUAUGGAUGCUUUACACAAGCAGACGGCAACACAGUACAAGAAAACAGUGGAGUCAAAGAAAACCUAUGAGCAAAAGUGUCGUGAUAAGGAGGAUGCAGAACAGACAAUGAACAGGAAUGUUAGCGCAAGCAACACCAAGCAGCAGGAGAAGUUGUAUGCAAAAACGCAGCAAGCAAAACAGACUGCUGAGGAAGCAGACAGAAUGUACAGCCACAAUGUAACCAUGUUCAACAAGAUUCGAGAAGAAUGGCUGAAUGAAUACAUCAAGUCAUGUGAGAUGUUUGAACAACAGGAAGUAGAGAGGAUUAACUCCUUGCGGAACACCAUGUGGACUCACCUCAACCAUCUCUCUCAGCAGUGUGUUACCAGUGAUGAGCUGAACGAGGAGGUGAGGAAGUCUCUGGAGCAGUGCAACAUUAAGGACGACAUUGAGCACUUCAUCAACCUCAGGAAGACCGGUGACAAGCCCCCAGCUCCCAUCACCUAUGAAAACUUCUACUCCAAUCAGAGGGCUUCGGUCCCGGGUCGCACAGGACCCCAGGUUACCAGAAGGAGACCAUUGCCAGGGAGGGCUGAAAAUAAUGUGGCUUCAACCACUGAUGAUCCUACCUACAGUGUAAUACAAUACUAGCAAAUGAGUGAAUCCAUUGUGACCAGGGAAGACGCCUGUGGCUUAUGGGUAAAAAACACUGGUACCCACACUGGUAAAAAUGUCAUACAGUGGACUAGUGGAAGAAAAUGGUUUAUUGCAUAUUAUAUAUUGUAUGUUGUUACAUGUUAAUGAUAAUUGUGAGUUUAUGUGUUGUAAUGUAGACUCAUUUACAUAAAAAUUAGCUUAAUUGUUUAUAAUGUUUUUCUUUAACUUGUAAAAUUUUGGAUGUGUAUUGCAUCCAUUUAUGCCAGGGGUAGCCAAUCUUAUCCGCAAAGGGCCGGUGUGUAUGCGGGUUUUCGCUGCAACUCCCUAAUUAGAUUACUAAUUAGAGGACUGAUUGGCUGAAAGAGUCCUCACACCUGGGUUUGAACAGCUGACCUACAGGUUAUCCCAAAAACCUGCAUACACACCGGCCCUUUGCGGAUAAGAUUGGCUACCCCAUAUAUAAUUUAUAAGCUAUAAUGGCUAUAUUUGUCUAUUUUCUUUAAAGAAUGCUGUUAAAUUAUAUUAAUGAAAUGAUCAGGUAAUGAGACGGACACAGAAAUUAUUCACCCACAGCCUGCUGAAAACUCCACACACGUUUUCCUAUCCUGAUUCAGGGAGCGAGGUACCAUCAGCGGUGGAGACUUCAGGUCCAGAAAAUAGAAAUCCAGACCAAGACUUUGUUUCAACCAACCAGUUGAAUACUUUGUGACUGCAAGUUUUUAUGCUAAUCUGGUUGGUUGAAACAAAAUCUUGGUCUACAUUUGUAGUUUUUGAACCUGAAUUUUCCACCUCUAUGUAUCAUUUGUCUUUAUUCACACUGGAAACCCAAAAUGGACCAGUUGGGAGACACCACUCAGAUUCCAAGCAAGAAAUUAUCUCAAUAUUUGAUGUUGCUGUUUUUGAUGUGAGUGCAUCUUUCUGCAUUUCUUUUCUUGAACAGUCAGUUGCACUGUACAGUGCAGUUUAAUUACUGAAGACAGUCACCGUCUGUGUCUGGUGUAUAACUAUCAGCAAAACAAUGGGAAACGCUUCACAUUAACUGCACCUUCAUAAUGUCCUUAUAAUGUAUUCAUAGAACAUUCAGUGUACCUCCAUAAUGCAUUCAGGAUUGGGAGGUCACUGGUUCGAGCCCGGCAACAGUAGAAUAGUCAGAUCUGUGGGCCCUUGAGCGAGGCCCCUACCCCAGAAACAGCCUCAUGGGCCCCCCUGCAGGUGGCUGCCCUUCCCUGCCAACUUGCUCUCGCCUACAUGUGUGUCUGUGUCAAUGAGGGCAAGAUGAGGUAGAAAAGAGAGAAUUUCUUCAUUGGGAUGAAUAAAGUGGCAUUAUUAUUCGUAGAACAUCCUAAUGUACCUUGACCGUUUUAAUAUAUAGUCAGAAACAUUAUAUGAUACACAUUAUAUUCGUAUAAUAUGUUAAUAUAUUAAAGCUGUGAAAGUAUGUUAGGAUGUUGAUAUAAUUACAUGCUGCUUGUGAAUGCAUAAUAAAUGUGCACCGAAUGCUUAAUGAAUGGUGCUGUUAAUGUAUAGUAUUACCAAACAAGGAUUAUACGAUCGUUACACUGUAACUUAUAAAUUUGGUAAGGGGCUGUAUGCACUUUUAUUGCUGUGAUUUAAAAGGCAGACUCCAUUAUCUUCCAUCCACUUAUCUAUCCUGAGCAGGGCCCGGGAGGGUGGAGUCUGUACAUGCCACAGAGGGCAAAUGUUCACCCCGGAUAGGAUGUGUUUGGUUAUAAUGCAUGCUUGUUUUUGCCAAUGUAACAUUUAUCUUUUCCAAAGAGGUUUCGCCUCACUGGUCAUUCUGUAUAAUCCAUGCAUUUAUUUGCAGGGUAGUGGAUUCCUCUGGGAAAUAUACUCACAUGCAUGUCCCUCUGAUUCAAUAUCAUUGCUACAGCAAACUCAUGAACAUUUACAAUAGUAAAUGCAAGCCUUAAAGUGAUUUUGUUAGAUAAACACUGUUGAAAAUUAAGAAUGGUAUUGAAUUUUAACCAUUUGUACAUAAGUUCCCUGACCAAAUGAAGUCCAGACUCAAGAAUAAAAGUCAAUAUGACUCA